CCGGGACAACAGGUGAGGGAACCCAGGAAUCCCGGCUUUGAACACCUCCAGCCUCCACUUCCUCCAGCACCUCCUGGUUUGGGAGCUUGAGCCGGACCUGUCGCCAAAGGGAAAGCGGUGGGAGAACCUCUCGGCGCCCGGGGAUGUGAUCCAGGUCACACAAAGUCACAUUGAUCCCAGGACGCAAAGCAGCAACUUGAUAAGUCCUUGUCCUUCAGCUUCUCCUCAAGGAUGCACUGACUGCUGGUGGCUUUCUGCCUGAGGGACCAGGAGAGAAUGCUCCAAUGGAGAGGCUCCAGAGAUCCAUUUUACUUCCUCUCAUCCUGACUGCCUCUCUCCCAGGUCUUGGCUGUUGUUACUCUAUCACAAAAGGCCCUGCUAAUGCCACAGUCCUUGCUGGCUCCCAGGCCAGGUUUAACUGCACCGUGUCUGCAGGAUGGAAAAUCCUCAUCUGGCUGUCCAAUGGGAAUCCUGUCCUCACUGUCCUCAGUUCCCAGGGAUCCGUGGAAACCACAGACCGCUUCACCUCCCAAAAUUACACCAGUGGUGAUGAGUUUACCUCAGAGCUCAUCAUCCACAACACCCAGCUGAGCGACGCCGGGAAAAUCGAGUGCAGCAUCCAGCAACCCAGCGAGAACAACUUUGCCUUCCUCUCUGUCCAAGUUAAUGGAUCUUUAUUCAUCAAAAAUAGCACCUUGACAGUAAAAGAGAACACAACAGUUGAAAUUGUUUGUGAAGCCUUAGGAUGGGCUCCAGCUCCAGACAUUGCCUGGAUGACAAAUGACUCUCUCAUUGAUAAGUCAAGUUAUGUUAACCAGCAAAGUCAAGGAUCUGAUGGCCUCCACAAUGUCCUGAGCAUCCUGACUGUGACUCCAACAGCCACUGAGGUUCUGACUUGUUUAGCUGACAUAGAAGCACUCCCUGAACCUCAGAAUGCAACUGUAACCCUUAUUUUUGACAACUCCACUGCAGAAAAUUAUUACCGUGAAGACAACAGAAGCUCCUGGGUUAUUGUACUUGCAGUUGUGCUUUCAUUCCUUGGUAUUGUUCUUCUGACCACUAUUAUUGUGGUGGUUGUUCGCUGCUGCCUGAAGAGGAGAGCAUCUACAUAUCAAAGUGAAAUCAGAAAAGUUUCAGCUGAGAAGAAAAAAGAUGGAGAUUUGGAAAACAGGCAAAGGAAUGGUAGUGAAAACCCAGGAUACCUUCCAGAGGAACUGUGGAACACAGAACAGAGCCCAG